CGAAGGCUUUGCUUGCUUCUCAUCCUCUCUGGUCUCUAUGUUAGUAUGUUCCAUCUCAUCCUCCUCAAUUCCGGCAUCGAACCAUCAUUUCAAUGAGCACAGAUCAUGUCUUCGCUUGACAAAUUACCUGCGAGAUGGCUUCUGUUCACAACCCAAUGCGCCCUGUCAGGAGGCUAUUUGAGCUUCUGGAAGAGCAACAGGAGCCGUUUCUGCUGGAUGUCUACCUGUUGGAGCAUGGCUACUCGGAUAGCAGAGCCAUGAAAGCCACUGCCGCGUCCAUUUGCUGUCCCGGAAGCAGUUCUUGCAAUUUCAGGAAGCUAACAAGGUUUGGCAUUUAUGGGUUGAGGAAGAGCAGGAGAGGGCUUCUCAGAUGCCUACUCGACAAAUUUGCCUGCAGUAAGCUGAUAAGAAAAGCAUGGAGGUGGCGAAUCAAAGACGGAAACAGAGCAGUUGAAUUCCGCAGGCUUUCUUAUUCUGGCGGCACUGAAGAAGGCGAGCUGGCCAGGGAAGUGCUCAGUCCUGUGUCAGUUCUCGAGCUGCAAGCGGAGGAAGAGGCCUCGUCGAGCUCGAAUUUCGAUUCGCCAAUCGAGAAAAGUGAAUCUCCAUGGGCUCGCUCGGAUCCACCAAAAGCUAGCAGAAGGUUCAUCUUCGAGCCGCAUCACUUUGUACGGAGCGGAGGGAGCUUAUGUGAGGAAGAAAUUCUGUCAUGCGAGAGUCUAACACAUCUGAUAGGUUCAGAUUUAUCCAAAUCCAGCAAAGAAUGGAUACAGUUCCGAGUUGAAGAAUCAGAGGUUGGAGUUGAGAUUGAGCGGAUAAUCUUCGAGGAGAUGAGGGCAGAAACUCUGCGUGAUGUUCUAGAUUCACUGUAAUUAACCUGUAAAACUGAUGUUAAUUGAAAUCGCGGAAUUAACUGCUAGACAUAUCUGUCCUUUUUUUCUGGGGACAACCUCUGAAGUCUGAACACAAUGCCCGAAGAAAAGACAAAAUCCUCAUUCCAUUUCAGGGUUUUCCCACUCUCUCUGUUUAAUAAAUUCCUCGAUCUUGUGAACCA